GGCCGGUUGAACCGGUCGGACCGGUACCCGGUCAUGAAAACGGUUCGGUUCAUAUAAGAAAACCGUUUUAGGUCAAAACCGGUCAAAACCGGUCAAAAACCGGUAAAACCGGUAAAAAUCGGUCAAAAACCGGUAAAACCGAUAAAAACCGGUAGAACCGGUGGAACCAGAAAAAUCACCGGUUCAAUUUCUCAUGCAAUCUUCUUUCAAUUUUUUCCAAUUUCACCCUUCCCAUUCCUUUCUUAUACCUAUUUUAACCUUUAACUUUAACAAAAUUACAAAAUUAUCAACACCAAAUAAAAAAAUCAAUGCCUAUAGUUUGCUCCUCUCAUCAAACCUUCCUUAUUGUUUGGACCGGCCGGUUCACCGGUUCAACCGGUUGAACCGGUCAAACCGGGAACCGGACCUGAAAACGGUUCAAUGACCGGUCCGGUUUUGAAAACAUUGGGUUUGAGAGAAAGGAAAAAAAGAAGAGCCAGCUCUGGUAAAGUGCAGUCGGCUUUGGUGAAAUGGAAUGCAGAUAGCCGGCUCUGGAAGCUGCAGCCGGCUCUACAGGCAAAAAUUUGAAGACCAUUGUUUGGAGUGCACGGAGAAAAGACGCAAAGCCGGCUCCAACUUUAUAGCCGGCUGUGAAGUGAGUGAUCUUGGGGAUGUGUUGAUUCCUUCAAGAGUGAUCUGAAGAGAGGAUCUUUGGGGUUAAAGUGUAAAGGGGUGAGAUUUGAGAGAAAUCCUUCUUCUUGUAAAGGAUUGAGUGGCUCUUUUAAGCCACCAUUGUUUUUGCUAGUGGAGAGUGUGGAGGAAAUCCUUGGUGAGUGAAGCCAAGGUAGAGGAUUAGGUUCCAAGUGGUUGGACCGAACCUCUAUAAAAUCAUUGUGCAAUC